GAGAGAGAGAGAGAGAGAGAGAGAGAGAGACAGAGACAGAGAGAGAGAGAGACACAUCAAUAUUGCAAGCGUCUAUCAGCGCUUGCAACACGGCCAGACGUUUGUACUGCAGGACAGCACAAGCCGGGAUCACCACAGCGCAAACCGGAAUCACCACAGCGCAAACCGGAAUGCAAACCGGAAUCGAUACAGCGCAAACCGGAAUCACCACAGCGCAAACCGGAACCAAAGCGCAAACCGGAAUCGACACAGCGCAAACCGGAACCAAAGCGCAAACCGGCAAAGCGCAAACGGAACCACCACAUCAAACACAGCGCAAACCGGAACCGACACAGCCGCAAACCGGGAAUCGACACAGCGCAAACCGAACCAAAGCGCAAACCCAACACAGCGCAAACCGGAACAACAGCACCGGACCACACAGCGCAACCGGAACCGACACAGUGCAAACCGGAACCAACACAGCGCAACCCGAACCAAAGCGUAAACGAACAAAGCGCAAACCACACAGCGCAAACCGGAACCAACACAGCGCAACGGAACCGACAACGCGCAAACCGGAACAAGCGCAAACCGGAACAACAAGGCAAACCGGAACCAACACAGCGCAAACCGGAAACCGGAAACACGCGAACCGGAACCAACACAGCGCAAAAACCGACCGAAACACAAAACCGGAACCGACACAGCGCAACCGGAACCAACACGCGCAACCGGAAACACAGCGCAAACCGGAACCAAAGCGCAAACCAAACCAACACAGCGCAAACCGGAACCAACCACAACCGGAACAAACGCAAACCGGAACCACACAGUGCAAACCGGAACCAAACAGCGCGAACCCGAACCAAAGCAAAACGGAACCAGCGCAACCGGAACAAAAAGCGCAAAACCGAACCAAUACAGCGCAAACCGGUACCAACACAAGCGCAAACCGGAACCACACAGCGCAAACAACAACAGCGCAAACCAGCGCAAACCGGAACCAACACAGCGCAAACCGAACCAAAGCGCAAACGCGGAACCAGCGCAAACCGGAAUCGGCAAACCGAAACAAAGCGCAAACCGGAACCAAACAGCGCAAACCGGAACCAACACAGCGCAAACCGGAACCAACACAGCGCAAACCGGAACCAACACAGCGCAAACCGGAACCAAAGCGCAAACCGGAACCAACACAGCGCAAACCGGAACCAACACAGCGCAAACCGGAACCACACAGCGCAAACCGGAACCGACAAGCGCAAACCGGAAUCAAACCCCAAGCGCCAAACACCGGAACCAACAACGCAAAAGCAAAAAGAAAAAAACACAGCGCAAACGGAAUCACACAGCGGCAACCGGAACCAAAAAGCGCAAACCGGAAUCGACACAGCGCAAACCGGAACCAAAGCGCAAACCGGAACCAAAGCGCAAACCGGAACACACAGCGACCGAACAAACCCAGCGCAAACCGAACCAAAGCGCAAACCGAACCAACGCAAACCGGAACAACAGCAAAACGGAACCAAACACAGCGCAACCGGAACCAACACAGUGCAAACCGAACCAACACAGUGCAAAACCGGCAAACACGUGCAAACCAACAACAGUGCACCAGUGCAAACCGGAACCAACACAGUGCAAACCGAACCAACACAGUGCAAACCGGACCAACAGUGCAAACACAACACAGCGCAAACCGGAACCAACACAGCGCAAACCGGAACCAAAGCGAAAACCGAAACCAAGCGCAAAACCGGAACCAAACAGCGCAAACCGGUACCAACACAGCGCAAACCGGAACCAAGCGCAAAAACCCAAAGCGCAAACCGAACCAAAGCGCAACCGGAACAAACCGAGGAACCCGAACGCGGAACAACAAGCGCAAACCGGAACCAAAGCCAAACCCAACCAAAGCGCAAACCGGAACCAAGCGCAAACCGGAACCAAGCGAAACCAAAACAGCGCAAACGGAACAAACAGCGCAAACGAACAACACAGCGCAAACGGGCAACACAGGCAAACCCAAAGCACAAACCGGAACCAAAGCGCAACCGGAAAACGCACAGCGCACACCGGAAGCGCAAACCAACCAAAGCGCAAAACCGGAACAAAGGCAACCGGAACCAGCGCAAACCGGAACCCAAAGCCGCGGAACCAACUUCCAGGACUGGUAUCGCUACCAAAACUGUCCCUUUCAUCCCUGGCAAUACAUCCAUAAGCCCUGCCAACACUAGCUUUACCUCUGCCAACACCAGCACCACCUCUGCCAACAGGACAACCUCAGCCACGCAUCCCCAGUAGAGAUUCUAAUCCGACCUUAAGGAAUUAAUCCGCGCUGACCCGUUUGAGGGGUGACUGAACCUUUUUCGCGGAAUCUGGAGGACUGUCCUAUCACCCGUUCUUUUAUCUGUCUGCCUAUCUAUAUUUCUUUGUAUA